AUGAAUCGAAAACUUGAACUAAAAUUAUUAAGCCAUUUUUAGAGUUUAGAAGGAAAAUUAUCUUUAUUGUUCUUACAUAUAUCAGAUAAUUCAGCUGGUUUCUAACAUGUAGGUAGUUAAAAGGAAUAGUUUACAGCCUUUUAUAAUAUAUGCAUACAAAAGUAAAAGAACAUUUUUCAUUUUAUAAAGAAUCACUAAAAUAGUAUUUCUCAAAAAUGGUACAUAAAAUUAACCUUUUGAAUAGUAAUGUAUAUUUUGUUCAAAAUUAAAGACUAACUCAAGUUAAUAAUUAAUAUUGCAUUUACUUUUAUUUCAUAAAAUAAAGUAUAGCUAUAAAUUUACUUACUAUUAAAAUGAAAAAGUUUUACAUAUUGCUUAUUUUCGAUAAUAACCUAAGAUCUUACCUAAUGUAUUUAGACAUUAUAAAGCCAUCAAUUAAAAUUAAUUAGAUUGCUUUAUGUUCUUAACUUUAUUUUCUUAAUCCAAUUCAGAAUUUUACUAAAAAAAUAGUAAUAAUUAUAAAAUUUAUUAUUAGCUCUUCCAUUAGAAUAAGAUUAACAAAUAUCUAAUUUAAUGAGUUAAAAAUAAUUCUAUUGUGGUCCUGCAAAAAAUUUUAAACCAGUUUAAAGGAUUGAAGAAUUUAAAGAAUUAGAAUCAUUAGACUUUGAAGCAUACAAAUAAAAUGAAUUACUUUGUUUAACUAAAUCCUCACCAGAAUUUAAAGGAUCUCCUAUUCAAUAAUUUAUGAUGCUAUAUAAUACUAGAGUAUUAGAAGAAAGACCAUAAUAAUUAAAAGAUUUUUUAAAGUAAUUUACUAAAUUAUAGGGAGAAUUGGCUAUUUGUUUUUAGAAUCAUUUAUUUACAUUACUUUGUUAUAGCAUGAUAGAUUAAUAAACAUUUGUAGAAUUAUCUCUUAUGAUAUAAAAAUGA